AUGUUCUCGCCCGCAUGGCGACGGCGCGACACUCUCUUCUCGACACCUGAGUGCCCAACAGCCCACCUGAGCCUGCCCAAGCCUUGCAGCAAUCGCUUGAAGGCGCCUCUGAGCAUCUACGACCCAGAGGGACCAGAAAGCGCCAAGUAUGUUGCGUUGCCAGAGGAGCAGAACGACCUGUACCCGUUUGUGAGGCAAGCGCGACUUCUGCUCGUCGGCGCCAUCGACUACACACAGAGCUAUGUCACUCAGGCCAAAGCCACAUACAGCAACACAAAGCGCAUCUACAAAGACUUUAUGUCUCAUGUCCCAGAGUCGGAGAAGAAUGUCAUGGGCCUGUUGGUUGCGACGAGUUUACAAGAGCGCGCAAAGCAGCUGCGCGAUGUUCUCUCGUCGCUUGACUCGCCCAAACCCAGCGGCGACAGUGACGUCGCCAACACACCGGCCACAGUUGCGCCCACCGCCACCACCACCGCCAGCGAGGCGGCGACUGUGAGUGCUUCAGAUGCAGACGUUCAGGCGUCUGUGGAUGCCCUUGCCCGCACCGCCCCCAACAACAACACCAGCGAACCUGCCACAUCGCCAGAGGCAGCAACGACAACCACAGCAACAGCUGCGACAGAGGCAGCAACGACAACCACAGCAACAGCUGCGACACAGCAAGCGAGCGACGACGAUGCGGCUGCGGCUGCGGCCACCGUGCUUGUGGUUGACAAGCAGGAUGAGGCGCACUCUGGUGAAAUGGCUGAGGAUCGCGUGGAAAAGGACUAUGGCCAGGCGCACCAAGAGGACCUCGACACAUACACGAGCCGCCGCUGA